AUGGCACCCAUAAUCACAACGGCACGAAUUGUUUGCAAAAGCAAGGAGGCAAGAGUCACGGUCACUGAAGCCUUCCACAAGAUCAUCCAAUUCACGCAACCACAUGAGCCGGAAGUUCUUCGCUACAUGGUCACUCUGCCCGUAGAAGACACCACCGGCACGGUUCUGUACAUGAUCGAAGAGUGCGCGCGCCGACCAUUGUUGUCUGAUCAUAGGCCAGCUCACACGGAACAGAUACGCAUCUCCCGCCGCAAACGACGCCCACAUACCACCGGCCCCGUGCAAGACCUCAUCAAACUCUUCACAACCGGCGACGUCCUGGCGCAACCGCCCGAAGUCCACGUCUGCCCCAUCAUCGCCUCGCACAACUCUUCCCUAGUACCGCGCAUAUCUUCUAAUCCCGCCAUUGUCCUCGCGCAUUUUGGAUACGAAAUGCAGACAAGGGAGAAAGCGCUUGAGGGGUCGAAAAGCAUUGCGGAGGAGAUGAAGAAGGAGAGUGGGACGAAGGGGUUUACUGUUGCGGACGACAAGGAGGCGAGUUGUGUGAGGACUAUGGUGGUGUAUGAGAGUUGGGAAGCGGCGGAGAGUGUGCAUAAGGGGAAAGAGGCGAAUAUUGAGAGGGGUGGAACGAGUGGGCAGGGAGCGGUGAGGGUCAGGGCUGUCGAUGGGUUCUUGGGGAGGGAGGAGAGGGGGAAAUUGUGA